CUAGUUUUGAUCAGGCAGGAUUUUAGACAGCUGACGCAGAGGUCCUCACAGCGCAUGUGACGCAUACUGCGCGCGGGAGCUGCUGUGAAGUACCUUACCACUAUGGCGUUUAACUUCGGUCAGACGAGCACGGGAGGCUUCGCCUUUGGGGCCCCCAAAACUACCGCUGCAGCCACCCCGGGCUUCGGGCUGCAGACCAGCGCCCCUGCGGGAGGCGGCUUCUCUUUCGGGGCCGGCCAACCCCAGACUCAGACCUUAGGAAACCCACCGUCUCAGCUCGCAGGGCUUCUCGCACAGCCGACGCAGAACAGUGGAAGCACACAGGGUGGAUUCGGCUUCGGAGGCCAGCCUCAGAGCACCGCCCCGAGUGGAGGCUUCUCUUUCGGCGCCUCCCUUCCAAAACUCAGCGCACCGGCAGCGUCUCAGCCUGCGACCACAAGUGUGACUCUGGGGGCUUCAUCUGCCGGGGCCGGCUUCAGUUUCGGAGGUCUCACCGCUCAGACUACUGCAGCCCAGCAGCCUUUGGGCGGGUUCGGCUUUGGGACGCCCAAAGUUCAAGCAUCCUCCGCUGCCCCGGCACAGCCCACCCCUGUGCUCUCACUAGGGGCUCUACCCACAGGUCUGACUCUUGGAGCUUCUACUAUUGCCUCCACGGCCUCAACGACUGCAAUUAACUUUGGAAUUAAAACUUCAGCCACCCCAGCCCCCUCCAGCGCUGCACAGAUUCAGUCCCUGAUGGCUCCGGUGUCCUCUCUGUUUGCUGCUCCUAUAGCCUCAACACCAGCCACAGGAUUCACAUUGGGCUCGUCGAUGGCCUCGGUGGCUCCUGUGCUGACCUCAGCAUCCAUCGCUCCCACAAGCCUGUCCCUGAAACCUCUAGGAGCCGCUCCUGCUAUAAUCGCAGCUGCUGCUAGCACUGGAGCCACCACAGGCUUUUCUCUGGGACUGAAGCCCGCAGCAUCUAUUGCACCAGCCACCAUCACAUCCACCGCCGCCGUCACAACCAGCACUGCUCCAGUGUUGUCAUACGCUCAGCUGGAGGCUUUGAUUAACAAGUGGAGCUCAGAACUAGAAGACCAAGAGCGACACUUUCUACAGCAGGCCACUCAGGUCAACGCCUGGGACCGUAUGCUGGUGGAGAAUGGAGAGAAGAUAACUGCUUUACAUAAAGAUAUGGAAAAAGUGAAACUGGACCAACGAAGGUUAGAUCAGGAACUGGACUUCAUCCUCUCCCAGCAGAAAGAGCUGGAGGACCUUCUUGGUCCAUUAGAGGAGUCUGUGAAGGAGCAGAGCGGAACCAUUUACAUGCAGAACGCAGAUGAAGAGCGCGAGAGAACGUACAAGUUGGCAGAAAAUGUAGAUGCCCAACUCAAGAGAAUGUCCCAAGAUCUGAAAGAGAUUAUUGAACACCUCAACACAUCCAGCGGUCCUGCUGACUCCACUGACCCGCUUCAGCAGAUCUGCAAAAUCCUCAAUGCACAUAUGGACUCCCUGCAGUGGGUAGAGCAAAACUCUGCUUUACUCCAGAGGCGAGUGGAGGAGGUCUCAAAGCUGUGUGAAAGCCGCAGCAAGGAACAAGAGAAGAGCUUUCGUUUGAACUUCCAGUGAUCAUGCAUAUUCCCCCUCUCUCUCUCUUUUCUCAGUCAGUUGUAAAUGAAUGUCAUUGUUUUUGGUAUUUGCUUCAAAUAAAGUAAUUUCUUUCAACCCCA